AUGGCUUCCCUGAAAGACAAACUGAUCACGCAGGUCGCAGCGCCGUCGACCCAGCCGAACAACAAGGUCACCGUGGUGGGGGUCGGCCAAGUCGGGAUGGCUUGUGCGAUCAGCGUCCUGGUGAAGGGUCUCUGCGAUGAAUUGGCCCUGGUAGACGUCAUGGAAGACCGACUGAAAGGGGAAAUGAUGGACCUGCAGCAUGGAAGCCUGUUUCUCCACACUCAUAAGAUUGUAGCGGACAAGGAUUAUGCUGUCACUGCCAAUUCGAAGAUUGUCGUGGUUUCUGCCGGAGUCCGCCAGCAGGAAGGGGAGAGCCGUCUUGACCUAGUCCAGAGGAACGUGAAUGUCUUCAAGUUCAUUAUCCCCCAGGUGGUGAAGUACAGUCCCAACUGCAUCAUCCUUGUCGUGUCCAACCCAGUGGAUAUCCUGACCUACGUCACGUGGAAGUUGAGCGGCCUGCCGAAGCAUCGCGUCAUCGGCAGCGGUUGCAACCUGGACACGGCUCGGUUUCGCUACCUGAUGGCAGAAAAACUGGGCGUCCACCCCUCCAGCUGCCACGGCUGGAUCUUAGGAGAACACGGGGACUCGAGUGUGCCCGUUUGGAGUGGCGUCAACGUGGCUGGCGUUUCCCUCCAGGAACUGAACCCUGCCAUGGGGACCGACCAAGAUCCUGAGAACUGGAAAGCAGUCCACAAACAGGUGGUUGCCAGUGCCUACGAGGUAAUCAAGCUUAAAGGCUACACCAACUGGGCCAUCGGCUUGAGCGUUGCCGACCUGCUAGAGACCAUCUUGAAAAACCUCUGCCGAGUUCAUCCAGUAUCCACCAUGGUAAAGGGGAUGUACGGCAUCGAGAACGAAGUCUUCCUGAGCCUCCCGUGCGUGCUCGGGUCCGCCGGGCUGACCAGCGUGAUCAACCAGAAGCUGAAGGACUCCGAGGUGGCUCAGCUCCAGCAGAGCGGCACCACGCUGUGGAACGUCCAGAAGGACCUGAAGGACCUGUAG